CGCUCGAACAAACCGUCCCAUCAGACAAAUAUAACCUAUCAAAGUCUCUCUGGUUUAUCUAGCUGUUAAAAAAAAAAAAAACUAUCAAAGAAAGAAAUGGAGCAGAACUCCAAUGGCGGGGAAGGAGAAUCACAUUCAGUCAUGACAGAAGAAGAGCUAGUUCAACUUCAAUGGAGGAGAGAGACUGUGCCUAGGGUUUUGACAUUCGUGAGCUCGAAGCUUCCUCAGCGCGACCUCGUCUCUCUCUUACUCGUCAGCCCUUGGCUUUAUCGUACUCUCUCCUUUAAUCCUCCCCUCUGGCAGAUUCUUGAUUUUCACGAGGUGAACAAUGCUGGAUAUCGGCUCUUAGCUGCUCUUUCUCUGCCUAGGUAUAAGGAUGUGAAGCAAAUAAACCUUGAAUUUGCACAGGACAUUGAGGACAAGCAUCUUGAACUCCUCAAAAAUAAGUGCUCCAGCGCUCUUCGGAACCUAGAGAUCCUGAACUUAAAUGGAUGCCAAAAGAUAUCGGAUAAAGGAGUUGAAGCCAUUACUUAUGUGUGUUCAAGUCUGAGAGUCUUUUCAAUAUAUUGGAACGUGAGGGUAACAGAUGUAGGCACUCAGCAUCUAGUUAAGAAUUGCAUACAUGUUAUCGAUGUGAAUUUCAGUGGCUGUAAGAAUAUCUCUGACAAAAGUAUGCAACUUGUUGCUGACGCUUAUGAAGAAUUGGAGUCAUUGAACAUUACAAGAUGCAUCAAGCUGAGUGACAGUGGCUUGCAGUACAUAUUGCAAAAGUGUUCAUCUCUUAAGAGCCUCAAUUUGUAUGCCUUGUCUAGCUUUACAGAUGAUGUUUACAAGAAUAUGUCGCAUCUUGCUCAACUUAGGUUCUUAGAUCUCUGUGGAGCUCAGAAUCUGUCUGAUCAUGGACUAAUGUGCAUUGCCAAAUGUAACUAUUUGGUAUACCUUAAUCUAUCUUGGUGUGUGCGUGUUACUGAUGCCGGAGUCACAGCCAUAGCGGAAGGAUGCACAUGUCUUGAGCUACUUAGGUGCUUGUGCCCUAUGUGCAUGUGCUAGCCCUUUCUUGUGGUCCAUUACACAAUGACGAGAAAAGGCUUUCCAUCCUUGGAUAGAGGCAACAUACUUUCAGUAAUGGUCCCAGAAAACAGUUCUCUUGGGGCCAAAGGAAAGAAAAUAAAACUAGAAGAGGGUUAAUUUUAGGGUAUCCAUUUCUUUAAAGUUUGAAUCCUCUAUCCGAAUCCAAGUUUAAGGCUCUGUUUUGUUCAAUUUUUUUUUUACUUAAUAGUUAAUUGAGACAAAAUAAGUUAAUAAGUUCAUAUAAGAUAAAAUAAGUUCAUAUCAGUUCAAAUAAGAUAAGAUAAGUUCAUAGUAGUUCAAAUAAGAUAAGAUAACUCCAGAAAAAAUAAGUUUCUUUUAUACAUUUGUACACACAAUUAAGUUUUUGUCAGAAUUCAGAUAAAAUAAGAUAAGUUUAGAUAAAUCAUGGUAAGUUCAGUUAAGAUAAGAUAAGUUUAGAUAAGAUAAAAAAAAAGUUCAGAUUAGUUCGGAUAAUAUAAGUUAAGACAAAAUAAGUCGAAUAGAACAAAGCCUAAAUCUACAUGAAAUGUGGAUAAAGUGUGCCUAAGUUUGUGAGUACUUCGGAGAAAAGAAAAGGAGUGCUCGGUCAUCUUUAUAAUAUUUUGUGUAUAUAUUUCUUCCUUUGCUUCACUUAUAUUUCAUCAAGGUUAGAUAACUAACCACUAGCCACCUAAACCCUAAAAAAGUAAUCCAAAAGUCAAACCAUGUCUCUCUUCUGUCACUCUACUUUGAUAUGUAUUUCACUAUUAGGUUAGUGAUUGUUUU